GAUAGAUAGAUAGAUAGAUAGAUGGACAUACAGCCGGAUAGAUAGAUAGAUAGAUAGAUAGAUAGAUAGAUAGAUAGAUAGAUAGAUAGAUAGAUAGAUAGACAUACAGUCGGGUAGAUAGAUAGAUAUAGAUGGAUGGAUGGAUGGUUGAUAGAUAGGUUUAGAUAGACAAUUGAUAGACACACUAUAUAUAGGUCUAUCUACAUACAACUUAGAUACUAGAUGGAUGGAUAAAUAGAGAUAUUUUAGUAGAUAAAUAAAUAGAAAGGUCUAUUCAUUCAGCCAAUACAAGUAGCUGUUGAAUGAUGUCAGUGCUGUGAAAAUGCAUCGCUGCUGCUACUAUCUAUCCAUCUAUCUAUCUGUAUGUAUAUCUAUCUAUCUAUCUAUGAAUAAAGAGGGAGAAAGAAUCAGCUGUUUUCGCAACCCCUCCUCUCUCCCCUCAUCCCUCACUAAUGUUACUAUCUUUGACAAGGCUGGCACACGCUUACACUGCACGCCUCACCACAUGCACAUAUGGAGAAAGCAACACACACACACACACACUUACUCACACACAUACUCACACAGACACACAUGCGCACCAAAGGCUAGCCCGAGGACAGCACGCGCUUGAGAGACAACCUCUUGACACACACACACACACACACACACACACACACACACACACACUCAAGUGCAUUCUGUGGACUCAAUAUACCAACACAGAGGCAAGCCGAUUUGCUGGAAACCACAGAGAAUUGAAAGACUGGAGCACACCUCCCCCUCCUCUUUCCCCCUCUCUCACUCUCUUUUUCUCACUCACUCACUCACUCUCUCUCUGUGUCCUCCUCUCUCUGAGCAUUACAGCAAGGCAUUGCGCAGGAUUUAACUCCCCUCCUUCAUCUCCCUCUUCUUUAUUUUAAUCGUUUUUUUCCUUCCUCCAAUCCAUCUCUCCUUCUGUGGCAGCCGUUGCUCUUGGCAGCGGAAGGAUAUUUUCAUUUCCAUAUUGGAGCGUUACGAGAGCUGCUAUUCGCUCAUUUCUCCCACAACCGUGUGUGUGUGCGUGUGUGUGUAUGUGAGAGAGAGUGUGUGUGAGCUUGGGGGGGGGACGCCGAGAAGGACAGCAUCUAAAGACGUUUCAUCACUGGCCCCAUAUCGCUGCCUGUGGAGGCUGGCAUCAGGGCCAGCUGAUGCCACAGCAGAUCUGAGGCAGCUGCAGUCGUAGAAGCGCAGACAUGCAGCUCAGCACUGCACCUACAGUGGGUCGCAGGAGGAGAGGAAAUCCGGACAGCCAAGGUCUGCUAGGUGUGCUGAGUGUGUGUGCUACGUUACUGCAGUUAUGUGCUGGCUGUCCUUCAGAGUGUGUGUGUAACUCACUGGAAGCUAACUGCAGUGGGCGGAGUCUAGUAUCUGUGCCCGCUCUCACUUCUCUCCCGGAGGGCACACAUACCCUCCUUCUGGCCAAUAACCGCCUCUCCUCACUUCCCGUCUCUGCCUUCGCCAACCUAAGCACCCUGGAGACACUGGACCUGUCCAAUAACUAUCUGGACAACCUGCCUUCCAGACUGUUCCGUGAGCUGAGUAACCUGAGCGAUUUGAGUUUGCGUAACAACAGCCUGACGGUUUUGGAUCGCGAGUUAUUUCGCGGCCUGACCCUGCUGCGGAGACUGGAUCUGUCUCUGAACGGUUUGGCCGCUGUACCGCUGGGCCUGCUGGAUGAGCUGCAAGGGCUGACCUGGCUCUCCUUGGCUGGGAACAGACUUCACGCCCUGGAGAGAGCCACAUUUGAGCCUCUCGUCAACCUUCAACACCUGGAACUGGGCAUGAACCCCUGGGAGUGUGACUGCAACCUGAGAGACUUCAAACACUGGAUGGAGUGGCUAAUAUAUCGAGGCGGUUAUGUCGAUGCUGUUGAGUGUACACUUCCGAAGGACUUAAGGGGUCGUGACAUCAGGGGCGUUCCUGUGGAGAUGUUCAACUACUGUCUGCAAUUGGAAGAUGAGAAUGGGGGCGGGGCUGGGAGCACAAAGGGUGGAUCUCCACCUUGUUUUCGAGGGACAGCCGCUCCGUCGUCUGAAGGUGCAGUGGUGCGUACAGAGGCAGAGCUACCAGACUGUGUGAAGCAGCGUUAUCGGCCGGUCAGUGUUCGCAGGGCGAUCGGUACAGUAGUGAUCGCUGGUGUGGUCUGUGGAAUCGUGUGCAUUAUGAUGGUGGCUGCCGCAGCAUAUGGCUGCAUUUAUGCCUCUUUAAUGGCAAAAUACCAACGAGAGCUAAAGAAGAGGCAGCCGUUGAUGGGUGACGCAGAGGCAGAAGGCGACCAGGAGGAGAAACAGAUCUCAUCAGUUGCAUAGGGGAAUGGGGAAGAGGGGUCAGAGUUCAGAGGUCAGCCACAAAUCUAAAGAACCCUUUACUGGUUGAGCUGCACAUUUGAUGAUCAUUUAGCUGACCAGCGGAGGAUUCAUCAUCCCUGUUUCCUGUCUCUCUGUCCUUCCUGAGACCCUCUCUGACUCUCAGACUUACACUUUACUCAAUCUCUAAACUUUGGCCUAUGACCUUUGAACUAUUUGCCCCAGGACAAGAGGGACCACUCAGCACUUUAGAACUCCCCCACCCUCCUCCAAUGUUGAGAGGAUCUCAGCAGAGGAGGUGUGGAUGCAACUGUUCACAGUUCUGAACCCUGAUGUUUCUAGAGGAUCAUGUGCUGUCAUUAGCAUUAGCCUCUGUAGCAGCCUAAUCAUCAACCCAAACCUCCAAAUCAUAACUCUAAUCUCAACCCCAAUCCUAGACCUUUAACUCUAAUCCCAACCUCUCAAAACUAAUCCAAGCCCUCAACUCUAACCCUAUCCCUUCAAUACUAACCCCAACCCUUACCAUAACCAUCACCUCUAACACAGUCUACACCGGGUCGCACACGCAAGUGGCACAUCACAUCAAAAGCCAAUAACACUCAUUAUAAUCAAUGCUGUCUGCAAUGGAUACAUUCUGAUGCAUUGCACCGUAAAUCGAUGCCCCAAUUUCUGACAUACUAUAUGGGCUCGGCCAACUUCCAACAAAAUGACAAAUUGAUUUGGAAUGUUGAUUUUAAAGUGUCCCAUGUAGACUGCCUCAAUCUCGUGUCAACCGAUGUGCUCGGUGUAGAAAUGGUGUAAUCAUAAACUUCCAACUCCACUACCAAGCCUAACCUCAAAUACCCAGCUCUACUCCCAAACUUUAACCCUAAAUGUACAACACAAACCUCCUCCAUCCCUAAUCUAAACCCCCAACCCUAAAGCUCCGACAGUAACCCCUACCCUUACCAUAAACCUCCAUCAUGAAUCCUAACCCCCAAGCCUCCAACACUAAUCUGAACCCACAAAUCCUAAACUUGUAACACUAAUCCCUGUUAACCAUAAACAUCCCUCACUAACUCUAAAUCUCGACUCUAACCCUAAGCCUCCAACACUAAUCUUAACCCCCAACCUUGAACCUCCAACAUGAAUCCCUACCCCUUACCAUAAGCCUCCAUCAUGAAUCCUACAACACCAAAUCUUAACCCUGUAACACUGUGACCAUAAAUAUCCAUGACUAAUCCUAACCUACAAUUCUAACCCAAAACCUCCAACACUAAUCUUAACCCCCAACCCUGAACCUUCUACAUGAACCCCAUAACUCUAAACCUCCAUCACCAAUCCAAACAUCCAGCUCUUACCCUAAACCUUCAGCUCUACGCCCAACCCAAACAUUAAACCCCCAAUACUAACUCUCACCUCCAACCUUAAUUGUAACCCUUAACCCUACCCCAGUGUGAACUUAACAUCAUAACCCCCACAUUUCAUAUUUGAAAUAUUCCCACCUUAUUUAUCAGCUAUAAUAUAUUCUAUACAAUGUGACGUGACCCCAGUUUUAUGUUUUUAAGUGUGAGGUUUGUCCUUUGUAUUGUGUGAUAAUUUGUGUUGAUAACAUUGUUUUGUUCGUUUACUGUUUGCUAUUUCUCCAUGUUCAUCUCUAGAGGUCAGAGGUGUUUUUGUAAGACUAGAAAAAUCCAGCCCUGGUGUCUAUCGUGAAGUGUCUUGAAGUAUUGUGAAGUGCUAAUGUAGAGCAGGCUGAGGACUCUGUGAUGUUAGUGGAGGGUGGCAGAUCGUGGCUAUUGGAACUGUUAAUUACACCUUGGUGGCUAAAGAAGCACAGUGGCCCUACAGGAUAGCUGCCCUCUAAACAAAGCCAGAAAGACAAUAGGUGAGAAGGAAAUAAACCUUACCUUUAUUAAGAUAGACUUUUCUGUGCAAUAUAAAUCAAUGUCUUUGUUGAUCUGUUGUUUAAUUCUGGACUAGGAUGUCAUAUCUGAUUUAGUCUAAUCUUUUCUCUUGGGCUGGCGAUGAAGGAGAAUCGAUUGCGCCUGUGUGAUCAAUUUUCUGCUUGUGGACCAAUUUGCAUAAUCCGCUUUUCCUUUGAGAGCAGAAGUUGUUUAGACUAAAUAAUUCAGAUAAAUUUGACUUGGGCUCUCAGAAGCCCACAGAUAUUAUCAAUAUAAGCUUUUCUGCAGCAAUCAACCUCAGACUGGAUGAAAAAUGGAAAGAGAGGCUGUCAAAAACUAGCUGCACACUGGUAACAUGAACCAACAUACUCAUUUCCUCAGUAUUACUGAAAAUUUAGAGUCAGAAUAUAAUGAUGCUAAUAACGUCGAGAGUAACGCCAUCAUUGGGUGUCUUGCACAAUGCUGCCAUCUAUUGGAAGGAUGUGCAGUAGGCACAAGGGUGUGGAGCAAACAUCACACCACCUCAUCAGGAUUUAGGAGAUGCUCUUCCGCUGUAACUAUAGCAACAAUCUUUCCCACACACUAUUCAUUACCAAUGCAAAUUACUGGUAAGGUCGCUGGCAAAAAGUUGUAAAUCAAAGUACAACUAAUUUGUGUGCUAAUACCCACACCAGCAGUUAAGCGUCUAGGACUUUGUCUCUUUGUUCAGUGAUAUUUGCAGCCAUAAGCUGAGUAUAUAUAAGUACAGAUAUACAUUUAUUCAAAAUUGUGUUGAAUAUAUGUAUAUAUAUUUUAAUCUGUGUCUUACAAAUUAUUUAUGAACAAUAACUUGAUUGCAAAAAUUGAGUAUACUUUUCCCUGUGUUUCCUGUGCAAACUCCUUUUGUAGAGGAACUCUUAAAAAUUCUCUGUCAGAGAAUUCAGAGAAAACUCAUGAAUUAUUAAUGAGAGGAGUUUGGGCUAAUGGUAGCGGUCUCUCCUGCCAUUACUGUUCAUUUAGCUCUUGUUUUAUACAGCAUGUGUCAAAGGCCUGUACUCUGCACGGGGCGACAAAACACAUACCCUGUAUCCUCUGUUAUGAAAUGAAAAAAAAAAAAAAAAGACAAAAGCACUUUUGCCACUGGUGGACUGAUAAUUUCCUGUCAAAUUGCACUUAUUGCGAAUAUUCUCAAAAGUGAGCACAUGCUUGUUUAUUGACGAUGUCAGCAAUGCGCUUAAUCUGAAUAUAAGUCAACAGAGCAGUCGUGAUGUAAUGUCAGUGAAUAUGAAGAGGGUUUAUGAAUGAGCAAUGACUCAGCUGGGGUGUGUUUACUAUCUGUCCUGGCCUUACAUAUAAGAGCAGGGACACCACACAAACUUUACUACGCACCGUCGCUAAAUAAAGGCUUUGUAAAUCCCAGUUGAUGGAUGAAAGAAAAGGAUUUGCCCAUUUGAAUGAGCUGAAAGCAUCUUCAAGAUCUUUAUGAAGUUCUGGUUUAAUAUCUUAUAGCUUAUUGAUGUGACCCUUUCUUCACUUGACCUUUUUUCUAAGACUGAUAUAAAAUUCUUCUUUAUAUUUUGGCUUGAUAAAAAUCAGUUUGAAAUAUGAUUUGUGAGCUGUGAUAUAAUUCUGUGUUAAAAAUGAAUAAAGAAUGUAUUUCCGUAAUUGUUGAAGUGUAAGAUUCAGUAAGCACUCACACACAGUUUGCACAAAGUAAAAUAAUAAAAUAUGCUUAUGCUUUAGUUUUACACAACAUGGAGAAAGAUCAGACAAUAUGAAAUGGAUGGAUAAACCAAUGGGUCAAGCGUUGGCUGAUUAGCAUAGUCUAGUUAGCCCCUGCUGGUAGAUAAUAAAACUACACCAUUAUGGUGGUAUAAUGCCUCUUUUUCCAUUGACUGGCAUUUGACAUUGGCAUUUUUUUAACACUUAAAAGCAAGAUCUUUUCCUUAUAUAGUGCAUUAACACAAGUAAUCAGUUUUAAGUGUCUUUAUUGCCCCUUUCACACAGUAAUACCAGUAAAUUGCCGUAAAAUUACUGGAAUGACUUUACCGGUAAAUUCAAAAAUGCGCUGUUCACACAGGCAUUGACGUUCCAUCUUUUUACCGGUAAAGCACCAUUCACACAUCAGUGUCAAAUUACCGGUAAAUUCUGUGACAUCAUUAACCAGAAAUGACGCAAACUUGUUUGUAAACAUGGAAGGGUAUACGCUGUCAGUGUUUUUCUUGAUGUUUUCAUUUUUGUAUCAAAUGUACACAUUCAUGCAGCGCUUUUGGUCCAGAGACAUCAAAUUAGACGACUUCAAACCGAACUACACAGCGCAGAGUAAGUGCGUCAUCUGGGAUAGAAUAUUCUGCGUUCACACACAGCAUCAUUCUGGCAAUUUACUGGAUAUGUUACAACUUCUCAUACCGGUAAAUUGCUGGAAUGAAUUUACCGGUAUUUUUUAAAAGGCCCUGUCCACACAUGAUCUCUUAACGGUAAUUUACUGGUAAAUUACCAGUAAAGUCUGUAUGUAUGAAAGGGGCUUAUGAGUACAGAAGAAAUAGCACAAGCAAAGGUCGUGUUGAGGAAACGAGAUGUUCAUGAGGAGGUGAACUCCAUAAAUGGUUGCACAUCCAUACAAGGGCACAUGUGUGCGCACACACUUAAAAAAGAUAAUAGCAUCUCAAUGGGUGGUUUUUCAAAAGCACAGACUAAUAUAGAAGGGG